CCACGUUUCUAUUAUCAACCCUCUGUUUGGGAUAACCGAUUUAUCAUCAUUCAUUUGUUUGUCUUCAGUCUAAAUCGCAGAGCCCUCCUCCGUUUCCCCUCCUCCCCCGCCUCCUUCUCCAUCCCUCCUCCUCACAUUUCCCCGGUGCUGCUGCUGCUGCUGCUGCCUCCGUGUCUUCGGUGCGGUACACCGCAGCCAUGGUGGACUCUCCCAGCGCGAUGAAGAAGACCUUCUCGGUGCCGGAGAUCAAACCGCUGGACCAGUACGACUUCAAUCGAGCCAAGAUCUGCGCCAGCGUUCGGUGGCUGCUGUCGAAAUCCUACGGCUCUGCAGAGAACGUUCCGGUGGAGUUGCGUGAUCCGCUCUAUAAGGACCAGUAUGAACAAGAGCACCUCAAGCCGGCUGUCUCCAAGCUGCUUCUCUCCCCGGAGAUCUAUUGCAGAGCUCAGGCACUGCUUGCCCAGGCACAUGGGGUCUCUCAGCCAGCAUCGCAGGGGUCUCCAGCUGAUAACUCUGCCCUCCUGCAGUUCCUCAUUAAGAAAGGUUUCGCUCCGAAGGUCCAGGAUGCCGAUGUCACAGAGGAGGACCUUAGCAGUAGCCCUAUUAAAACGGUGUGUGUUGUGUAUUUGUAUGAUGGCGUAUUUUCUACUUUAAAUUCAACCUGCAAGUGGUCGAAUGCUUUCAGCAUCUCAGUGUUUGUCUUACAUUUGCAGUUGAACCAGAAGCUAAGAGAAAGCACAGAAGAAGAAGAGCCGCCCAAGUCACAGAAUUGCACAGACUUGCAGCCUGUUCAGGACUCGUGUCAGUCCACCCGGUGGUACUGGAAACUAGUCCCCCAUGCUAUCGCUUUUUGUUUGAAGGAGUCGGGGAAUAAGCCGCCAGUGAUCCGCUAUAGGAAGGACAAAGUGCAGUCUAAGUUGACUCCCACUUUCCCUCUGGUUUCUGCGGUCAAAGAUCUAUCUAACGGCUGCGCAAUAGCUGCUGUGCUGCACUAUUACUGCCCCAGCUUGCUGCCUCUAGAGGAUGUGUGUCUGAAGGAUACCAUGUCAGUAGCUGACUCUCUCUACAACCUGCAGCUGAUCAAAGAGUUCUGUGAGAGCAGCUUGCAGAGCUGCUGCCCCCUUGCUGUGGAGGAUAUGCUCUACGCGCCACUGACUCUGCACCUUAACAUCAUGAGCUUCAUAGCAGAGCUGCUGGAGUGGUUUGAGAUCAAGAAACCUGAUUUUGUCCAGCCCGUACAGCCCAUUGACCUCACAGACAAAAAUUGGCUGUGUUGUGUAACACUGUUGUCCCUUUUCAGCGGUUCUCCUUCUUUCAUCUUUAAACAACCAUUUGUACCCAUCUCCUCUCCAGUUUCCCCAGAAAACAAAAGCUGGACAAAGAAACAAAUCAGUCGUCCUCUGUCAGCAGUGACUUUCAGCAUCCCAUUUGGCCUGGACAGUGAUGUUGACAUUGUCAUGGGAAACCCAAUAGAUUCUGUCUUUCGCUCCGUCAGCACUGACAGCCUCGCCACCGCCAUCCCGGCAAUGACGUCCCCGAUGACAUCAGCAGGGAUGACUCGUGUCCCGUACAGCCCUCCGGAGGAUCUCAGCCACCUGGUCAGCGCUUCAGCCCCAUCGCAGCGCUCUUCCUGGGGUCCAUAUGCACACACUGCACAAAUGGGAGAGCUGCCGACCAUUGAGGAGGCGAUGCAGGUCGUCCAUAGACCGGGCAGCAAAGACCAGAAGAAGGGACGGGUACCUGAGAAAGGUGGGAAAGGAGCUUUGGCAGACAGGCCAGAGCCCAGGUUACGUCCUGAAGGAGCUCCAGCAGGUUUCUUUCUGCACUCGCCUGAAGAGGAUAAUCCCCAGCUCAGCAGCUCUGCUCCGUGUCGCUCCGGAAUCCUCUACCGGCCAGUUGGAGGAGAAGUGGGCGGCAAUGAAAGGCAAGGAAGGAGAGAAAGCCGGGAGAGGUCAGGACGUUCUGAUAUGUCACGUGAUGACGACUCUGUACUGCGAGAUGGCAGCGUUGACUCCUCGGAAGCAUCGGACGAUAUGCCCAGAAACGCCCCGGGUAACAUACGACCCAGUAGCGGUCGUCAGGGAAACCACAGCACCAGCAACAGUCCACGCAUGACGAGCUUUGCUGAGCGACGAGACAACCGAAGAAGACACCCUUCUGCUCCUGGGGAAGAGUCGGCUUCUGCUCAGACCCCAACAACCCCAGCAACUCCAAACACACCCUCCACCCCAGCAGGUGCAGUAGGGCGCCAGGACAGCCCAGGUCCCAGAGGUCCGGAACCUGGCUCGGAGGCCUGGGAACUGGGAGUUCGUCUUGAGGAAAAACGCAAAAGCAUCGAAGCUCAAAAAAGACGUAUCGAAGCUAUUUUUGCCAAGCACAGGCAGCGGCUUGGAAAAACCGCUUUCCUUCAACUGAAAAGAGAGCAAGGAGAAGGAGGGGGUGAGGCAGCGGAUGAUAGUCUGACCCUUGAUGAGCGUCUCACUCGCAUGGAGGAACAACUGAAACAGGAGGAGGAGAAAGAAAAGAAAGAUGGCGAGAAGGAGAAAGAAAAGCCAUCUGUUUCCAAUCCACCGCGGUUAGAGAAACAGGUCACAUUCUCUAUUGAAAGUAAGAAAGGAUCAGAGAAAGAAAAAGGAUCAGAGAAAGUGGGGGAAGCCGUUUUAGUGGAAUACAACGAGGUGGUGCAGAAACUCAGUGAGGCUCUGCAGUCGCUACAGAAGGACAUGCAGAAACUUACCGAGCAGCAACAGCAACUUAUGAGCAACCAAAGACCCAAAAAUAUGCUCAGAACAACUCCAAAAUCAACAACUAGAAAUAAUACCAAAACACCACCCAAAACUCCUCCUCACACUCCAACAAAAACACCACCAAGAACUCCGACAAAAACCCCAACCAGGACUACCAGUAAAGCUUGGGUGAUUCCUGCUGGUUCCAAUGCUCCAUCUGCUUCUUCCCCAUCACGCCGGUCUCAUCUUCUUUCCUCUUCCACAUCACCAAAAGCUAUUAUAUCUUCCUCCUGCCCAGCUUCUCGCACUAAGAGUCAGUCCACUCCCCGCAGCCCCAAACACCAUCCACGUAUCCAACACCAGCCUCACCCACGGCCUUCCGAACUUAAAUUCCCUCCGCUCAAUCGCGUCUUGACACCGACCCAAACUGUGGACACACUCCCACACCUGCGGCGCGUGUCGCCCAGCAAGUGUCAGGUACAGACCUCUUCUUCCUUCCGUAUCGGUGGACCCCGGACUCCCCAGGAGUCUCCCCAGGCUACCCAGCAGCCACAGGCUGCUGAGAGCACCUCGGACACAGGCUCAAGUGAAACACCCACCCAGUUUAGCCUGGAGUUGGAGCAGGAAGACACAGGGGUCAUUGGAGGGUUGCCGCAACCCAGGCAAGAUCGUCUAAGAGCUGCUGGAGGGAGCAGCUCUGGUGCUCCUUCCGAGUGCUCAUUUGAAAGUGAGACUUUGUCCAUGUCUGCUGCAUACAGCACAGGAGGUGAAGGAGGAAGAGCCGCAGGUGCGGGAAAGCAAUGCAGCCUGAUUGAAGUAUCAUUAUCAUCUCUUGGGGGACCAGAGGGGGGAAGCGAUGAACCAACUGAUGAGGGGCAGGAGUUCUCCUCCGAUUCCAUGAGCGACCACACAGAAUCCGCUGUGGAACCUGCAGAACUACUCCCUGCUGAACCUUUGGAUCCAAUAGAGCGACUAAAUUUGGCAAUAGAAGACAGCGAUGCGCCAAAAGAACAAAUUGGAUCGAAAGGCGGACAUGCAAGAGAGGCGGAGAUGUUAGAACCAGGUGAAGAGCAGAACGAAGUGGGAGCCAAAGGAGGAAUUGGAUUUUUUUUUAAGGAGGAGGUUCACAGUGAAGGGGAGAUGGCUCAGCGUAGAGCGGUACUGUUAGAACGACAGCAGAAGAGAACAGAGGAACUAAAGAAGAGGAGACAGUGGAAUGAGCAAGAAAGGGAAAUCAGACUAGCAUCCUCAGAAAAAAAAGCAGCAUCACCUUCCAGCACACCACCUGCAGCUACAACCUCACCUUCUCCUACACCUCCGGCUACUCCAGCUCGCCGUGGAGAUUUUACACGGGGGGAGUACGCAUGGCGGCAACAACUCAGACUCAUGGAGGACCUGGACAAAGUUCUUAAGCAAAAAUCGACUAACCAAGGACGAACUCCCACUAAGAAAAGCCGCUCCCGGCCUCGCAGCAUGACCAGAGAGGAAACGCAGCUAUCUCUGAGUCCCGCCAAGGGAGCGACUGGUACUAAGUUGACCAGAGUCUAUUCUCACUCCUCACUCAACCUGGCAGCCACAGACGAACGAGGAAACAAUGGUGGUGACCCCACGAAGAGACUCCGCAGCACCCGCCCUGAUUCACCUUCAGGUUGUGUAACACCAAGCAGACUGACAAAUGGAGAGAAGGACUCGGAGAGUGGUUCAAAUGGAACUUCACCUGCCCCAGAAUACUCAGGUCCAAAACUCUUCAAGGAACCAAGUUUCAAGUCCAAUAAAUUCAUCAUUCACAACGCGCUCUCUCGCUGCUGCCUCGCAGGGAAGGUCAACGAGUCUCAAAAAAACAAGAUUGUUGAGGAAAUGGAGAAGAGUCCUGCCAACCACUUCCUCAUCCUCUUCCGCGAUUCCAGCUGCCAGUUUCGAGGCGUUUACACCGUGAACCCUGACACCCAGGAGCUUGUGCGAUUGGCUGGGGUGGGCCCACGGACGGUUAGCUCCAUUCAGGUGGAGUCCAUCUACAAAUACAGCUCAGACAGGAAGCAAUUUAGUGCCAUCCCCUCUAAAACGAUGGGCAUGAGCGUGGACGCCUUCACCAUCCCCAGCCAUCUCUGGCAAGGAGGAGGAGCGGGAGGUGGAGGAAGCAGGAGAGCAAGUGUUACUAAGAAGGCUGUCACUUCCAAGUGAGAUCCAGUACACACAGUGGCACAUGGAUGAUGAAAACACUCUAAAUACACUGUAAUUACAGUCAAACUGUAGUGAAACACGAAAAACAUACGUGCACACUGACAGGCCUGUAAAAAACACCUCACCUCUGUUGGCCUCAGAUUUUACAAGAAAUUGAAAAAAAGAAAUUGGAGCGAUUUGUACUCCCCUUCAUGUGCACGAAAGUGUCAACAGCACAACUUUGAGACAGGAACAGCACAUUGAAACAGAGGAAGGUUUUGUAAUUACUCAAGGAUUAGUUACUUUUAAAAAGUCUCCUUACGUACACUUUCAUUGUUUGCAAAUACAAACAUGUUUUUUUUCUUUUGAAAGAAAAUAGUUGUUUCCUGAAAAACUUCAUGAAAUUAAUGAUUGCUAGCCAGUCCUCCCCUUAAGUAAAACAUCAGUUUUUUACACAAAGCCAAACGACAGAGAAAAUGCCUUCACGUCAGAGUGUCUGACGGGACCUUCGUCGUCUACGACGUUAAUUCUACCAGUAACUCUUAGUAGGUGGAUAAAUCACAUUUGUUUUGCAAGAUGAAAGAUAGCCAUAACCAUGUGAUACAUAUAGCAGAGGCGAACUUUUUCUUUUGGACAUCUGUAAAUGUGUAGCGGUUCUCAGAGAUGAUUACCACAGCAUGAAUGGUUAUUUACUGUAUGUGGUAUAAGCUUAUUUCAAAAUAAGAUCACAGUGGAAACUUGUGGUUUUGAUGAAACUAUAUUGAUGGUAUGUGAGCAUUAGAUGCCAAUUUAAACAACUUUUGUAUACUUGGACUUAUCAAAUGUUGAGAAUGACGUGUCAUAAACAAGCUUACAUCUAGAAGUACCUGAAUUGUUGUGCUCUUGGGAAGAGAUUGAUACAGACUGGAGUUCCAAGCGUUGCCAUCUUUGUAUUCCCUAAUGAAUCUUCCAUUAAAAAAAAAAGAAAGUCUUUCACAUUUGUGAAACUAACAAUAAACUGGAGACCAUUUUGCAAUUAGAUCACAUCAGCUGCCACACAUUCUGACACCCAACGCAUAAAGAAAUGCAUAAAGUCUAAAUAACAAUAAAAAAAUGAAAUUGCUUACAAAUCGUGGGUUGCAUUGCAUAAGCUCAUCUGUAAAUUAUGCUCUUUGAACUGUGUUGGA